AUGCCGCAUUGUCUCAUGAAGUCGAUCGUGAGGUCCAGGAGACCCCGGGGAGACGCUAGACAACCUAAAGGGACUGUUAAUGCCCCUGGGGCCUCUAGAAAGCGAGGAAAGGACAAGGGUACCUCCAGAAGUGGUGAUAGGUCACUGAGCCCCACUGAAUACGAUGGAUUGUCGAUCAUGACGAGGUAUAACUUCACGAAAAACCACUCGGUGGCCGGUGGAAUUGGGCUGGGCUUGGUGGGAGUGGAAGAGAGACCUCGGGAGGACUCUCCCCCUGAUGCCCUGGAGGCUGUGCCACCGGGAGGACAGGAUGCGAUGGAGAGGAGUGCUGGAGCACUCGAGCAGGCCCAGAGGAGGCCUCAAGUGAUCGUUUGGGGGCAGAGGCAGGACGUGGAGGUGAGGGAGCGCGUUGGAGGGGCACAGGAGGUUCUCGAGGGGUUCAAGGUACCUCAGGUGCAGGGAGCACAGAAUCCUCAAACUUGGAAAAAGGCAAAAGUUCUACAUUUUUGUCCAUAUUGUCACAAAAGUUUCGAUCGCCCUUGGGUGCUGAAGGGACACCUGAGACUCCACACGGGGGAGAGACCAUUCGAGUGUCCAGUGUGCAAUAAAUCAUUCGCUGACAGAUCAAAUUUACGAGCUCAUCAGAGGACGCGAAACCACCACGAGUGGCAGUGGCGGUGCGAAGUUUGCUUCAAAGCAUUCUCCCAGAGAAGAUACCUGGAGCGUCAUUGCCCAGAGGCAUGUCGUAAAUACAGACUAUCACAGAAGAGAGAAUAAAGUGUAGAGAUAAGGAACAAGUUUUUUGAAUAAAGAAUUUUAUGUUGAGUA